AUGAGUCAAGUGCCGGUAUGGCAGGGUGAUGAAGAGGCGGCUGAAUGUCCCAUUUGCCAUCGCAAUUUCACCCUAUUCUUCCGUAGACAUCAUUGCCGCAAGUGCGGGCGUGUUGUUUGUGGGUCCUGUUCUUCUACCGAAACCACCUAUCUCGCCACCACCUACGUCGUCUGUCCUCCUCAACAGGUCUAUUUGGAGAGCCCGCAUGUCCCACACAGAACGUGCGAUGAAUGUGUGGAGGAGCUGGCGCUAAUUCAACGGGCGCUUCCUGAAUCUCUACCUACUCGUGAGCUGAUGGUCCAGCAUGUGAGCCGCAUCGACGAGGGGCUCACCCGAUGUCCGGUUUGCGACAAGCUACUAAUAAACAUGAGCGAAACGCAGCAGGAAGCGCAUGUGGAUGCGUGUUUGCGGGGGCAAGCGGGGUCUCCGGGAAACAAUGGCAACCACAACCGCAUGAUCAUUUACCGGCUCAACCCUAAAGAGGCAGGUGCUCUGGGGGAGUGCACGGUAUGCUUUGAGGAUUUUGAAGCAAAUGCCAUGGUCGGACGAUUAGAAUGUUUGUGUGUAUUCCACGAAAAGUGCAUCUUAUCUUGGUUUGCCCGAAAAGGCGCAGGAAAGUGUCCUGUGCAUAGCCAAUGA